GUCUGUAGCUGAGUAUCCGUCUGCUGGAAGAGUUACACUGUUGCCAAUCAACACAGGGGGGCAGAUUAAGACGUGUUUACGGUGGGGGGGUUUUGGUUAAAAGUACUAUCAUAUCUUAAUUUUUAUUUUUAGCUCAGCGUUUGUUUGUUUAAUUCGUCAGUAAACGCGUCAGAAACACACGUGCUCGCUGCUACUUUUGAGAUAUUCGCGUCGUUGCAGAAAACACAGGAAGAAGUGUGAAGACGGAUGUAUGACAAUGAGCCACGGGGUUUGUUUCAUCUCCUCUGAGAAGUCUGUGAAUCUGAACAUCUCAGCGACACAUGAGAGCCACUAAACUAGUACUGCUCUGUGUUUGUGUGGAUUAUUCGGUGCCUGGCUGGACCACAAGUGUGAGUGUAUUGACAUUGUGAGUGUUUGGUAUAAGAAAAGAAACAAACAUGGGGACCCAGGGCACAGGACGAAAAAGAUCCACCAAGAAGGAGAGGUCGACGGCAGAGGACGAUGCCCUAAAUCUGAUAGCGAGAGAGGCCGAGGCCCGGCUGGCAGCGAAGAGGGCAGCCAGGGCAGAGGCCAGAGAGAUCCGCAUGAAGGAGCUGGAGAGACAACAGAAAGAGAUCUUUCAGGUGCAGAAGAAAUAUUAUGGCUUGAACACCAAAGUAGACGACCGAGCGGACAGCAAAUGGGGAGAUAUUGAACAAUGGAUGGAGGACAGUGAGAGAUACUCACGCCCUUCACGCACACAAACGCUCUCAGACGAAGAUGAGCGGAUGUCAGUUGGAAGCCGGGGCAGUGUCAGGUCGGACUUUGAUGCCGCCUAUGGUGGAGGGAGGAACGGCUAUGACGAUGAGUACAGUGUGAUAUCCAGCAGGAGCUCAAGACUCAGUGAUGAAAGCCGAGUGUCUCGCUCCUCCAGGGUUGACUUAACGAGCUCCAGACUGAGUGAUGACAGCCGGGUGUCUCGUGCCUCCAGAUUAGACCUGCAGCCGACCUCUUAUGCUUCCUCUGACUUGUACAGUCUCAAUGGUCUGUCAUCCUCCAGACCUGCAGGUUCAACUUACAAUGGUUACCAGAGCUCCUUGUAUGAAGAAAGUCUCAGCGGGUCGCGGCGAGUCGUCGGAUCCAGCUGCCUUUUUCUGUUUGACUCCACAUGGAGACAGAAGCAUAACGGUGUGUUUUCUCCUCAGCCUUUAGAUUACACUAGUUACCGCGGCUCCAGCUCCAGAGCCUCCAGCAGGGCCAGUUCAGCCCGUGCCAGCCCAGUGGUGGAGGACAGAGAUUAUCUUGAGAAGGGAUCUCGAGCGGCUUCAGCCUUAACAGCAGCGACACUCACGUCUUUAGGUGGGACGUCCUCGCGGAGAGGAAGCGGGGAGACGGCUCUAACUGUAGACGCUGAGACGUCCAUACGAGAAAUCAAGGAGAUCCAUGAACUCAAGGAUCAGAUUCAAGAUGUGGAAUCCAAGUACACACAGAACCUAAAAGAAGCCAAGGUUGCAUUAGCUGAAGUGGAGGAGAAGUAUCGUAAGGCCAUGGUGUCCAACGCCCAGCUGGACAAUGAGAAGAAUAACCUGAUGUACCAGGUGGACACGCUGAAGGACUCGCUGAUGGAGAUGGAGGAGCUGCUGGCAGAGUCACGCCGAGGAUAUGAUGACAAAGUCAAGGAAUUUGAGCGUGAGAAACACUCCCACAGUGUGCUGCAGUUCCAGUUCAAUGAAAUGAAAGAGACGCUAAAACAAAGUGAAGAGCUGCUAAAUGAGAUCCGUCAGCUUCGUUUGAAACAGGACGGUUUUGUUAGAGAGGUAGCUGACCUGCAGGAGACGGUCGAGUGGAAGGAUAAAAAAAUUGGGGCCUUAGAGCGACAGAAAGAAUACACAGAUGCGAUCCGAAUUGAGCGAGAUGAGCUCAGAGAAGAGGUGGUGCAGCUGAAAGACAUUUUGAAGAAACAUGGAAUAGUUUUGGGACCUGAUCUGAGCGUCAACGGGGACGUUGCUGAGACAGAAACCGAGGGCGGAGUUCCUGCUGCACAGUCGGCUCAGAAUUCACAGCCUACAUCGACGGAGGGGAACAGCAUGCUAGGCAGCACAGAGGAGACUCAAUUGAGAAGUAGCGGAGAGGAAGAAGUGGAUCCAAAGCAGCAUCAAGAAAUUGAUGAGGAAGCCGAUAAGAAUGACUUGAGCUCUGAGAUGAUCUGUAAUGUGUCCGCUGAGGAAACAUCAAGCAAAGAAAAGCCGUCAGAAGAGCAACAGACAUGCUUACCCACAGAGGAAGAUGGCGUUGGAGAAACUAAAAGCAACGAUUUACAAGUUGACAUUAACGAAAAUCCGAUCACAGAAGCCAAAGAUGAAAUCGUUUGCAGCCCUGAGCUUGAAGAAACUGUAACAAGUCCUGAGGAAAAUGCUCCAGCAACAGAAAUACUUAAGGAAGGAGAUUUAGAGGAGACAGACAAUGUUGUUGAAGUGCAAGAAAACAAACAGGAAGAAGUUGAGGAAAGUAAUUUGAGGAGUACAGAAUCGUGUCAUCAGCAAAAAGUCGUAGAAGAUGUGACAAAAGAACCUGAAGAGACCAUCAGAGCGGCAUCGAACACUGAACCUCCUCAAGAGCCUGAGAACGCUGAAGAGGCUGAGAACGAUGAGGCAGAGGGGGUAUCGGCUAAAUCUCAGCCUCAGGGAACACCUGCUUCUGGGAAAAAGAAGAAAAAGAAGAAGAGAGGUAAAAAGAAAGGAGGGUCCAAUGAGGAGAAAAAGCAACAAAAAGAUGCAAAGGAGGAAAAUGGAAAAGAUAAAGAAACCAGUCAAAAAGAAAAAGAUGUAAAAGUGGCUGCAGGAGAUAAUGGGUCAACAACAGAACCUGAUAUUGAACCUGCCACUAAAACCCUCAAAGAAUCAAAGAUAGAUGAAGUUAUGAAUGAUGCCGCAAAAGAAGUAGAGCCCUCUGAAACCUCUUCUCAGACUGAAACUCUUAAAGAAUCGACAGUUACGGAUGAACAGAAGGAGGAACAGAGUCUGGAAACUGAGACAGUACAGACAGUAGAGGCAGUAGAGGCGCCCACUGAAAAUGCUUCUCUCAAUGAAACGCUCAAUGAAUCUAAAUCAGAUCACUUAAAGGAUGAGCAGGACAAGGAUCAGACUGCAGAAACAGAGAAAGUAGAAGAAGAAGUUGGAUCUAAAACGAGUCCUGAUACAGACGCCAACGUUCCUGCAUCUGAUCAUAUUGACAACGCCGAAGGUAUCGAGAGCACCGAAGGCCUUGACAAAGAGUACACUCCCGGUGUAGAUAACUCUAAAAGUGAAGACGUUACAACCGAAGGCGAUGUCCAAACUGAGUCAGGAACUGUUAAUAGUGAAGAGGAUAAAAAUGGGUCUGUUGAUGAGAUGAAACCUGAAUGCGCAUCUGAAAACCCUGAAAACACCAUUGAGACCACAGACAAAGACACUGAAGCUGAAUCACAUGUUCCAAGCAAUGACGACGCUGCUGUUGACAAAUCUGAAUCUGCAAACGAUUCGGAGACUAACAAUAACACAUCUGUGGCCCUGUCGUCUACUGAUGACUCGUCGUCUGCUGCCACCGACUCAAAGAGCGACGACACACCCAUCGAGGUUUCUGAUAAAAGUCCUGAGGAGGCGACUGAGACCGCCAAAGAUGAGGAGCCAGCAGCAGAGGCUGACCAAGAAUCCAUUUCUCCAAGUCAGCAGGAUGAUGAUAAUUCAGAGCUUAACCUCAACAAAUCAGAAAAGGAGGAGCUGAACGAAGAUUUGAAGGAAACUGAGGAUUUAGUGGAGCCAGACAACUCCUCACAUGAUGAAAAAAGUGACGAUGCAUCAAUAACAAAACAAUCUGAUGCUCUUGAAACUGAAAAGAGUCUUUUGGAGACUGUGGCUCAGGCUGAACAUUUGGAUAAUGUAGAAAGUCAAACGGUAGAGUGUGCGGAUCAGACUGAUGCAUCAAAUGCUGUAGUUUCCCCAGAAACAGAGCAGAUCGUUAGCAGUGAGAUAACAGAGACACCAGACUCUCCAAAAGAAGCUUCUGAGAUUGCUUCCUCAGGUGAGCAGGACCAUAACGGUGAAGAAUCAGCUGCUGCAGAAGAUCCUGAACAUAAAAUCUGUCAAAAUUAUCAAGAAAGUGAGAAAUGUCAGCCGGAAUCCAGUAAAGACAAGUCUGAGGAUGAUGAUAACUCACCUCGACCCACCCAGCAGGACGGUGAUGAAGAUGACGGUGAUGAUGAUGAUAAUGAUGAAGGACAGUCUUUUGACUUUGACGACAUGGAUAUGGAUGCGGCUAUAAAAGCAGAACAGGAAGAAGUUGAGGAGGCUGUUGAAGCCACCUCAGAUGAGAACAACGAUAGUAGUUCAUGUAAUACUGAAUCAAUCGAGAAAACGCAAGAAGAGCCAGUUGAUAGCAAAGAUGAGAAGUGUACGGUCGACCAGGUAGAUGUAACAGAUAAAGACUCUGAUGUUAACCCGAAAGAGGACCAGAACUCUUCGGCUCAUGGGGAAACCACGUCUGACAAUGUAGAAAAAGAUGUAGCGAAUGUAAAAGAAGCAGAGGUUGUGAAUGUUGCAGAGUCGGCUGUUGUAGAAAGCAACAGUGCAGAGAACAUUAACCAGGCAGAGUCUGCACCGGUGGAGGAAGGAUUAGAGGCCAUUAAACAUGAGCUGCAGAGUGAAGAUUUACCAAAGAGUGCGGACCAAGUGGGCAGCAAUAAAGAGCCUCCACAGUCAGGGAAAGAUGUUAAAAAGAACAGCAAGAAAGGCAAAGGCAAGGGCAAAGAGGACUGUAAGAUGUCUUACACUAAGUUUACGUUGUCUCUUCGCAAAUUUCGCCUCCAACAUUCCUACGUGCUGUGUUCCCUUGCAUUGACCCUCAUGUCCACAGUUAUGCAUGCUAACUUUCCCCCCUCACACUCCGCUCCAUCACUCCCUCAUGGAUGCCUGCUCUGUUGCAUGCAUCAGCAUCCCACCCUGACCCAGCCCCCUCCCACCAUCUCCCUGGCUCCUCCCACCCCUGAGAUUCGACUGAGGAAACUGGUGGAUGAGCGUGAAAAAAUGAUAGAUCAGGUAAAGAAGUUGAAGUCCCAGCUGGAACAGAAGACACAGAAAAAUGGCACAGAGAGCGGCUCGAGCCCAGAAGGUGAAAUCCUUGAAAACGGCAACGAUCCAAACAUGAUAGAAGUGCAGAGAGAUUCCAGCAGACAAAUAAGUGAAAUGAAGUUCAAACUUGUGAAGGCAGAACAAGAAGUGACGGCUUUAGAACAAAACGUGACCAGACUCGAGGGUCAGGUGGGACGCUACAAGUCUGCAUCAGAGAACUCAGAGAAAGUGGAGGACGAGCUAAAAGCAGAGAAACGGAAACUACAGAGAGAGUUGCGGACAGCACUGGACAAGGUUGAAGAACUCGAGUCAAACAACAGCCACCUCAAUAAACGACUGGAGAAGAUGAAGUCGACUCGUGGCAUGGCACAGACUCCAUAGCAACAAAAAAAAGAAAAAGAAAAACACACUUUCUCUUUAUCCAAAACUGGCUGAUCACUUGGAAAGGAGUUCUGAGUUUUUGGGGUUUUUUUCUCUUUCAUCUGCUGCUUGAGAGCAACCUUAAGAAAAAAAAAAAAGAUGAAAAAAAAAAUAUCAAGAAACUUAGUUAUCAUAUCCACAGAAUAGAGAACACAAACAAGCAAAUGUGCCAUUUCUUUAUCUAUGUUCUGUCUGA